AUGCCAGAAUAUCCAAGUGGAUCCGAAGCAGAAGACACAAGAUGCACGGACCAAGACAUCGAUUUUCUUUCUUACAAUCUGACACAGAAAAGAAACUGGCUUCUUCACCGGAAAAUCAGUGGCAUCAAGAAAGAUUCUCCAUGUAACCUUGUUGAAGGAAUCUUUGAUGCAAUUACGUCAUCGGAGGAUAUUCCGCCAAUCGUAGAAGACCUUUUCUUGGAAGCGAAUCUUUGCCAGGUGAAAGACGUUGUGAUUGGCUGGCAUGCAUGCAUUAGCCAAAUCAUGUCAAUCACAGAGAACCCAACCGACACUGCAGCAGAAAUUGGGAGAGAACGGAAAGGACCGAAUCCCAAAGUGGAGAACAACCUUGGUCUGAACUAUCCGGAUCUUGUGAGAGAACACGGUCCGCUUCGGCCUCUUUCAGAACUAGAUUUCAAGGGUGAGGCUUUGAUUCAGCUCCUGGAGAAGAAAUUUUCAUCGGGAACCCGUGAAGAGAACUGGGCCUAUAAUGCGUACUACAAGGAUAAAUUGUACAGGAAUGUCUUGAGAGACGCAAAACAAUCUUUCCUUUCAAGCAUUAAUGAGGAAUUGUCGUCUUCUGAACCAGCAACAUUGAAGAUUCUCCAGGCUAUAGACCACAAGAUCAAAGAGGGCGCCACAAAGGGCGGCAAAACAAGGAUUGAAGAUGAGAUGAUUUGUAACACAAACUCAAACUUUGUAAGAUACAAGGAUAUUGAGACAGCACACAGGCACUUGUCCACAAGAAACAAUCUUAUCACAGGUAUUGUUGUGGAGAACGCACGAUACUUUGUUUUAGUUGGACUAAAUUGGGAGGAGGAAAGAUACUAUCAGAUUGAGCCCGAUAUGUAUCAUCUUAGUUUGUGUGGGGCCGAUUACUUCACAUGGCGGAUCUGCUCCGACAAUGAGGUCAAAAACAAUCUGGAAAAGAUCAGGGUGCCAAAAUCGACACAUUACUUCUUGAUGCUGCCUCUACUAGAUGACAUAUCAAAUAAAGGUGACCGUGCUAUAGGAUGCGAGAUGCGCCGUACUGAUACGAACGUGUACGAUUGCAAGCGGUCUGUGAGUAGUAAGGAUAAAUCGGCUGCUUACGAAAGCUGUCGAUGA